AUGUUUGAUCCGAUACAAAGGAAAAGCCUGCUAAUCAUCUCAAUAGCCCUUGUAGCCGUGUGGCAUACCUACCGUCUCCCCCUCCUAGGGCUGGUCGCGGUCGUCCUCGUGCUGCACGCCUAUCGCCAGUUGCAGUCUAAAUCAAAGACUCCUGCUUCAGCCUCAGUUCCUCCAUCGCCGCGUGCCCUAUCCCCGAGCCCCGAUGCAAAGUUCUCCGCGACUGAAAGUGAACCCUCCACAUGGGCGACAAAGGAGAUCAAGAAGCCUGUCCCUUCUGUGAAUGGCAACCCACCGACCGUUGGUCCCAAGCGCGUGCAGGGAAAGAAACCGGCUAAAACGAUUGGCAAACGGCGCGAAUCGGAGGAAAAGAUCCAACCCAUCACUCAUAUUCAGCCCAUCAUUUUUUUUGCCUCCUUGACAACCACGACCGAACGCUACGCCAACGUCCUUCUGGAAGACCUCCGAGCUGCAGCCCAAGAUCAAGCAGACCCAGAAACCCGUGCCAGCGGCCUUUUGCCUCCACAGAUUCACGAUAUUUCUUAUAUUGACUUCGAUGACUUCUUUCUUUCUGUCCCAAAGCCACCGUCCACUUCCCCCGGCACUCGCUACGUCUACUGCAUUCUCGUCCCUACCUACAAUAUUGAUACCGUGCUCAACACCUUCCUGGGCCAUCUGGAUGAAACACACAAUGACUUCCGUAUCGACACGGCGCCUCUGUCUCAAUUGGCCGGCUACUCGGUGUUUGGGUUCGGUGACAAGGAAGAAUGGCCGACCGAAGAAGAAGGCUUCUGUACACAAGCCAAGGAUAUUGAUCGAUGGAUGGCAAAGCUGACCGGUCGGAAACGAGUCUAUCCUCUGGGACUGGGCGAUGUGAAGAGCGAUGCGGCAUCCGCUCUGAAGGAAUGGACCAAAGGUCUGCAGGAUAUCUUCUCUGAUAUUCUGAAGACGGGCGGUCUUGGAGAGGGCGUCGAAGGCAGUGGUGAUGCGGUGGAGAGUGACGAAGAAGAUUUCGAUGAGAAUGAGCCCAAGUUCCAAAAGGAUAAAGCUCAGACUAUGGUGGAUCUUGAAGAUAUCAAGGUAAACAGCAAUUCUGCUGCUCCUGUGCCGGUUGACUUCACCACCGUCGGCAAGUCAGUCGUUUCAGAACCCACAGCCAAGGAGAUGGUCCCCAAGACAUCGCCAACAUAUGCUGCCUUGACCAAACAAGGCUACACCAUUGUGGGCUCGCACUCGGGUGUCAAGAUCUGUCGAUGGACCAAGUCUGCUCUGCGUGGACGUGGCUCUUGCUACAAGUUCUCAUUCUACGGCAUCCGCUCUCAUUUGUGCAUGGAAGCUACUCCGUCCCUUUCUUGCAGCAACAAGUGUAUUUUCUGCUGGCGUCAUGGCACCAACCCGGUGGGGACCACUUGGCGUUGGAAGGUUGAUUCGCCGGAGAUGAUUUUUAAUGGAGUGAAGGAAGGCCAUUAUAAAAAGAUCAAGCUCAUGCGAGCCGUCCCCGGCGUCCGCGCCGAGAGAUUUGCGGAGGCUAUGCGGAUUCGGCAUUGUGCGCUGAGUCUGGUUGGUGAGCCGAUUUUCUAUCCUCAUAUCAACCGCUUCCUCGAUAUGCUGCACGCUGAGCACAUCUCUAGUUUCCUGGUUUGCAAUGCUCAGCAUCCCGACCAACUGGAAGCUCUGAAGCGUGUGACUCAGCUAUAUGUCUCGAUUGACGCGAGUGAUCGAGAAAGUCCUCGCAAGAUCGACCGCCCGCUUCACCGUGAUUUCUGGGAACGUUUCCAGCGAUGCUUGGACAUUCUUCGUGAGAAGCGCCACGUUCAACGGACCGUAUUCCGCCUCACCUUGGUCAAAGGAUUCAACGUCGAUGACGCAGUUAUUGGGUAUGCUAAUCUCGUUGAAAAGGCCCUGCCCUGCUUCGUGGAGAUCAAAGGUGUGACAUACUGCGGAACGAGCACAAGUGCUGGCGCUGGCUUGACCAUGCAGAAUGUCCCAUUUUACGAGGAGAUCACCUCGUUCGUCGUUGCUCUCAACGCGGAGCUCGAACGCCGUGGUCUUGGGUAUGGUAUUGCGGCUGAGCAUGCCCACAGCUGCUGUGUGCUGCUUGCCUCGGACCGCUUCCAUGUGAAUGGAAAAUGGCACACUCGGAUCGACUACGAGCGCUUCUUUGAGCUCCUGGAGAGGGAGGAGGCCGAUGGCACUUCCUUCACCCCCGAAGACUAUAUGCGGGAGACGGAAGAAUGGGCGCUCUGGGGCCGGGGUGGAUUCGAUCCAAAUGACGAGCGAGUCUAUCGUAAAGGACGCAACAAGGGCAAAACGAUUGGAGCUGCCCCUGAACCCACCGCAUCCCCCGCAUCGUGA